AUGGUCCGCAACGCAGAGCCGGAUACAAUCCGCAUCCUCGUGGCCACCGACAACCACGUCGGCUACGAGGAGCGCGACCCCAUCCGCAAGGACGACAGCUGGCGCACCUUUGACGAGAUCAUGAACCUGGCCCGCACCGAGGACGUCGACAUGGUCCUCCUCGGCGGCGACCUCUUCCACGACAACAAGCCGUCCCGCAAAGCCAUGUACCAGGUCAUGCGCAGCCUGCGCCAGAACUGCCUGGGCAUGAAGCCCUGCGAGCUCGAAUUUCUGAGCGACGCCGCCGAGAUCUUCGAGGGCGCCGUCGGGCAUGUCAACUACGAGGACCCGGACAUCAACAUUUCCAUCCCCGUCUUCUCCAUCCACGGCAACCACGACGACCCCAGCGGCGACGGCCACUACUGCUCGCUCGACCUGCUGCAGGUGGCCGGGUUUGUCAACUACUUUGGCCGCGUGCCCGAGGCCGACAACAUCAAGGUGAAGCCCGUGCUGCUCCAGAAGGGCGCCACCAAGCUGGCCCUCUUUGGCACGGGCAAUGUCCGCGACGAGCGCAUGUUCCGCACGUUCCGCGACCACAAGGUCACCUUCUUCCGGCCCAGCCAGCAGGCCGCCGACUUCUUCAAUCUCAUGGUCGUCCACCAGAACCACCACGCGCACACGGCCACGAGCUACCUGCCGGAAAACUUUUUGCCCGACUGGCUCGACCUGGUGGUCUGGGGCCACGAGCACGAGUGCCUGAUCGAUCCGCAGAAGAACCCCGAGACGGGGUUCCACGUCAUGCAGCCCGGCUCGUCCGUGGCGACGUCGCUUGUGCCCGGCGAGGCCGUGGCCAAGCACGUGGCCAUUGUCAGCGUGACGGGCAAGGAGUUUACCGUCGACAAGAUCCCGCUCAAGACGGUGCGGCCGUUUGUCACGCGCGAGCUUGUGCUGGCCCAGGAGAAGCGGUUCAAGGACCUGGCCAAGAAGCGCGACAACCGUGCCGAGCUGACACGCCGACUGAUGCUGGUCGUCGAGGAAAUGAUUGAGGAGGCCCGUGCGGAGUACAUGGCGCUGCACGACAACGGCCGGGCCGACGCGAACGACGUGAACGACAACGGCAACCGCAACGACGAUGGCGACGGCGACGACGACGAUGAAACGCCAUUGCCUCUCAUCCGCCUCAAGGUCGAAUACACCGCGCCCGAGGGCGGGAAUUUCGAUUGCGAGAACCCGCAGCGGUUCUCCAACCGGUUUGCCGGCAAAGUCGCCAACGUCAACGACGUCAUCUACUUCCACCGGCGCAAGACCACGGCGGGGCAGACCAAAGCCGGGACUGCUGCGUUGCCGGGCGGUGUGCGCGACGCCGCGGCCGGCGUCGAUUUCAACGCCAUCAAGGUCGAGGCUCUCGUGGACGAGUACCUGGCCGCGCAGUCCCUCAAGAUAUUGCCGCAGGGCGAGUUUGGCGACGCCGUCAACCAGUUUGUCAACAAGGACGACAAGCACGCCAUGGACACCUUUGUGGCGGGCUCGCUGGCCAACCAGCUGAAGGAUCUGCUGGCCCUCGGCGCCGAAGACGAAGAGCUCGACACGGCCAUUGAGCGGCUGCGCGACGAGCGCGAGCGGCAGUUCCAGGCGGGGCUGGUCAAGCAGCGGCACAAGCGCCUGUACAAGCCGAAGCCGGAUGACUGGGACUCGGACAUGGAGGGCCACUGGGAGCAGCACCCGGGCGCACUGCUGGAUCCUGCAGAAUCAGCGUUGUCGACACCGGCGCCAGUGCCGACACCGGCGUCCCAUGCGCGGUCCCAACUGGACGCAGUGCGGGCACGCGCAGGGCCGAGCAGAAGCAUUGACGAGGACCUCAUGAUGGACGACUUUGACAGCAUGGCCCCGGUUGCCGUGACAAAGACGACGGCAGCGAAGCGGACAACAAAAUCCGCAGCGGCGAGCUCAUCUCGAGCCAAAGCAACGACGUCAACACGACGAGCCCCGGCUGCCAAACGCAGCGCUUCGGGCCGCAAAAAGGGACCAUUUGAAGACUCUGAGUCGGAAGAGGACGACGUCGUGAUGGACGACGACGACGAUGUCGACGAAGAAGAAGAGGCCGACGAGAUUGAGGACGACGGGAUGGAGGAGCCUGCACCACCACCCACGCGCCGCGGCCGGGCAGCGCCCGCCAGAGCGCCUGCCAGGGGUGCGGCAGCAGCCAAAUCUGCAACAAGCAAAGCUGCUGCUGCUGCCGCGAAACCGGCGACCGGUCGGCUGCGGCAGACCACGCUGCAACUGUCACAGUCCCAGGCGCCGGCACCGUCCCAACGGCCACGAGCAGCGGCCGCGGCCACGACUACAAGACGCAAACGGGCAGCGGUCCAGGAAAUCAGUGCGGACGAGAUCUCGGACGAUAGCGACGACUUUGAGCCACCGCCGACCACACGGACAACGCGGAGGCGGUAG